AUCCUGCUAGUAGCUUUGUUAAGUUUGUUUCGUUUGUAAUAAUCUUUAUCCGGAUAUGUUAAAAAAUGUAUAAAAUGUACGUAUGACGGAUUUUGAUGCAUGUAGAUUUGAUUUUCGAUUGGUUGCCGGAGGCGAAUUACAACCGUCUAAGAGGAAGAAAGCAUCUAGGCCGAAAUGUGAUGAGGAUAUAUUAUUAGAACAUUGGAAUUAUAACGAAGAAAAGAGGCAAUCGCCAAUAACUGAUGAAGUGGAGACAAAAAAGAGGAAGCUAGAUUCGAUUGCUAGUCGACUAUGGAAGAGCAAGUUAAAGAAAAAGAAAAAGAAAAAGGAAGAAGAAGAAGUUGACGGAGAGUUUAAACCGAUAUCGAAUGGAAAGAUGACGGAUGGUUUUAUGUUUCAUAUGAAAAUGCCUUCCAAACAGAGAAAGUUGACUAGAAAUGAUUCAAAGAAAGAAGGUGAUGAGGACGAUUUAAAAAUUUAUAUGCUGUCGCCCGAAAACUUUGAGAGCUCCAGCGAAAGCGAACUAAUGGAUCUACCUACGCAGGUACCACUCUCCUAUCGAUUCGAUGCCGAUACUAGGGAAGAAGGCGCCGAAGAGAUGGAAGAGGAUAGCGACGACAUUGAUGACGAUGAUAAGUACGUGUGUUCUAUUUGCGGUAGCGUUCAACCAUCCGAAUGGCGUCUGCUACUCCAUACCAGGGCCCAUCAGGGACUUCAUUCGAAAUUGGCCAAGCUUUCCGAACGUAGAUCGAAAGGACAAGUUAGACGAAGGCCCCCAGAGCGAAACGUUACAAAAUGCGACUACGAGGGAUGUAAUCUCAAGUUCGAAAACACAAGACAACUAAAACUUCAUCAAUGGUGGCAUAUGGGUUACAAACCAUUAGCUUGUUCACUUUGCGAUUAUGUCUGCAGUCAAAGAAACUCUAUGAAUUGGCACAUGAAGAACAAGCACGGCCUAGAUAAGGUGUUAACUGCUCAUAAAAGAACGGCUUACGUUGGGGCCGAUGGUGUUUUAGUGAGCGCAAAGACAACUUUUGCUCCUCCAGCCGUCGAAUCUGUCUUAGAUCUACGAACACGAAAAGAAGAGUCGUAAUGUAAGAAAUAAAAAGAAAGACAAGCAAAAAGGAAUAACAGUAUCCUUUUAUUCCCCUGUAAGAGUUAUUUCCUGAUUUAGGUCUAUAAAAAUUUAUAAAUACACAUGUACAUGAAUGUAUACAGUAUAUAUAUAUAUAUAU